AUUUUCAAACCACCAAACCGAGCUCCCCACUCCACAGCUCACCAACCCUCUCGCCGGAGUCUAGCGAAGCAAGCAAGCAAGCAGGCCAGGAAGAUGGACGGCAGCAAGGCGAAGAAGGUGGCGGCGAAGAAGCUGGGCGGGCCGAGGAAGAAGUCGGUGACCAAGUCCAUCAAGGCCGGCCUCCAGUUCCCCGUCGGCCGCAUCGGCCGCUACCUCAAGAAGGGCCGCUACGCCCAGCGCGUCGGCUCCGGCGCCCCCGUCUACCUCGCCGCCGUCCUCGAGUACCUCGCUGCCGAGGUGCUGGAGCUGGCCGGCAACGCGGCCAAGGACAACAAGAAGACCCGCAUCGUACCGAGGCACCUGCUGCUGGCCAUCCGCAACGACCAGGAGCUCGGGAGGCUGCUCUCCGGCGUCACCAUCGCCCACGGCGGCGUCAUCCCCAACAUCAACCCGGUGCUGCUCCCCAAGAAGUCCGCCGAGAAGGCCGAGAAGACCGAGAAGGCCGGCGCCGCCGCCAAGUCGCCCAAGAAGGCCGCCAAGUCCCCCAAGAAGGCUCCCAAGAAGGCCACCAAGGCCUAGAUCCGGGCGGGCGGAGCGGCCGCGCAGACGAAGCUGAACUGACGAUGCUCCGUCGGCCCUCGCGUGCCUAGCGUCCCUGUUAAGUUAGCUAUGUUAUUAUGGUGUGUUCCCAGGGAGUGUUAAAGCUUGCACUUUUGCUUUGCCCCCGCCAUGUAAUCCUGAACGAAGAGGAAACCUCUGGCUUCCUCUGUUCCUAUGAACCAAUCUGGUAUCCAAUGCAGCGCUUGCUAAAA